GUCAGCUCCCUUCGACCACGUAGCAGCUUCCUGGCAGCGGCAGCAGCUUGUCUCUUCUCCCUCUCUCUCUCUCUCACACACACUCAGUACCAGCAGCUCAUGUAGAACCACGUAGCACCAGCUUUUGGAUUCUAACCACCGACAGCAGCGGCCGAAGCGGCGAUGGACCUCUUUGAAUUCGACUUUUUCAGGGACUGGGAGCUGGAGCAGCCGUGUCAUCUUGAGUCAGAGCGCAGCGCGCUGAAGAGGAGAGAGUGGGAGAGGAGGAACCAGGAGGUCCAGCAAGAUGAAGACUUGUUCUCAACUGGAUUUAACCUCUUCGGAGAGCCUUAUAAAACUAAUAAGGGGGAUGCCUUGGCCAAUCGAGUCCAGAACACCCUGGGCUCCUACGAGGAAAUGAAAGACCUGUUAACUAGCCACUCCAACCAGAGCCACUUAGUGGGGAUCCCCAAAGGCAGCGCCGCAACCAACAACCAGCAGCAAGCGUCGAGCUCCUCAGCCGCAGACAGAUCGGCCGCUGAGUCCCAGCUGUUCAACGAGGCCUUGAGAGGAGGACUGGGCGGAGGUGGAGGAACAGAGGGAAAUGGGGAGAAGAGGAUGGCAAGCACCGCACCAUCUUCAUCAUCAGCCCCCAUGCAGCCGCCCGCUUUCACCGUGUCGCUAUCGAACGCAGCACCGGCCCCUCAUCAGAAUUCAAAGAAGUCGAGAAGCUCCAUGGAGUGGUCAAAGGGAGGCCAUGGACUGAGCACCCAGGAAACAGGCCUGGUUGUGGGGUCAGGACCGGGACCGAAUGCACAGGGGCAGGUCCCUGCAGCGGCGACGGCCGGCAGAGGCAAAAUGGCUCUUUUAGAGGAACAACAGCUGCAAAGGCACGAGGAGCUGUUUAGCUCGCUUAAAGAUGAACUGGGUCUGAAAGAGGAAUCAAGCCCUUCUUCCUCAUCUUCAUCCUCUUCCUCCUCCUCUUCCACUUCCAGAAGGCAUUCAUCCAAAAGCCAUCCCCUUCCAGAUGGCGGCAACUUUCGGUCCUCCGCCGUAGAUGGUUGCCACUUUAAGUCUUCCUCUGCCGCAGAAAGCGGCGGACCUUUCAAAUCCUCCCCGUUCGAAAAUGAAGCAAGUUCUCACCUCUCUUUGUCCUCCUCCCCUCUGGCUUCCACCUCAGUUCUGACCACUCCCACCCCAGGUCUGACCACGCCCACGUCGGGGCUGACCACGCCCACUUUCCCACCCGGCUGCCUAUCGGGGAAGCCGAUUGCUAUUCAGCAGAAGCCUACGGCAUAUGUCCGACCAAUGGACGGCCAGGACCAGGCGCCGAGUGACUCCCCGCAGCUUAAACCCCCUCCGGUGGCCACAGAGGGGUAUACCAACAGCCAAACAUUUGGAGGAACCUCUGGAAAUGUGAAGAAUAAAUUGCCAAAGCUGAAUCUCAGCCACACAGGAGAGGUCAGUCUGCCAAAUGACUCCAGCUGCGUUGAAGAGAUUUUGCGGGAGAUGACCCAUUCCUGGCCUCCUCCACUCACAGCCAUACACACUCCUGGGAAAGCCGAUCAGACCAAGUUCCCCAUCCCAAACAAGGAGACCCAGCACGUGACCUCAGGCUACAACACCCAGAAGAGAUGCACGGUGCCAGCUAACAAGCCUGCUGCUAAACCGCCGACCGCACCGCAGAAGUCGAUGCUGGAGGACGACCUGAAGAUCAGCAGUGAUGAAGAAGAGGCUGAACAACAGGUGUCUGACAAGAGCAAAGCCAGAGGCACGGCACUGAGCGGCGCGUCGGGGAGCAGCAGUGAAUCAGAGAGCAGCUCCGAGUCUGACACGGACGAGUCCGAAAGCAGCUCCAGUGACAGCGAUUAUAAUCAGGCCUCCCGCACAAACACUCCUGAGCCGGAGCCCCCUUCUACUAACAAGUGGCAGCUCGACAGCUGGUUGAACAAAGUCCAGGCUCAGACCAAACCCCUGAUUCCUGCACAACAGGAGCAUCAUGGCACAGGCUCUAUCAGCCAAGGUCUACAGACAUUUUCUCCCGGGAACGAAGCACCAGGAGCGGGCACAUCUGCCAAGACCAAGCCCUGUGGGUCCAACAGUGCGCCUGGUCCUGCUGCGCCUGUGGUGGAGCACAAAGAUAACAGGACGAACUUCUGCCCAGGCAAGGAGAAGGCCAAAGCCAAGCUGGGCCAGAAGGCCUCGGGAGAGGGCCAGAGGUCAAAGAUGAGGCUGUCGCCAGGCCUGUUGUCAGGGCAGGAGAUCCCCGCCCCGAGGAGGACCACCACCGGGAAGAAGCAGCCGCGGCGGGCAGAGAGGUCAAACAGCGUGGAGGAUAACCAGAACCAGCCGUGGAGCAGAGCGAACCAGCACAGCCCCGCAGCGAGAGAGAAGGACCUGUUGCCUCCCCCCUCCCUGGAGCAUCAGAACCCCCCCAGGCCGCGAGGAAAACCUCUCAGCGGGAAGACGGCCCCGAGGAAAGAGCCUCGCAGCGCUACCAGCUCCAGCACCAACACCAACGCAGCCCCUCCACCAGCAGCACUGCAGCCAGCUCCUCUCCCUGGUCCUGCUGUCACUGUGAACCAGGAUAAGAGGAAACAUAGAGGUCCCAGCACCAAAAUCAUACCAAAGUCAAGGGAAUUCAUCGAAACAGAUUCCUCGUCCUCCUCGUCCGAAUGCCAGUCAGAAGGCGAGGAAGCCACCAAAAUCCCCACUCUGCCACCCCAGGCGACACGCUCUGCGAUUAACGCCCAUAUGCUGGCCAACACGCACAUCCACGCGCCUCUCCUCCCUUGCCUUGGCUCUGCUGGAGGCGCUGGAAGUCUGGGAACGUUUGCAGGGACGGGACUUCGCGUCAAAGAUGGUGUCAGUGUAACCAGCAACGGCAGCAGCAGCAGCAGCAGUGUUGGUAACAACAACUUGCUGAGCAUCAGCAACAUAAGUGCUUCUUUCGGAAAUUCUGUUCCAGAUCCUGGAGGGUCCGGGGCACAGGGCAAGGAUAUGGAGCCCCUGUCACCACAUUCAAACGCGGGGCACGACGUGGCUCUCACCCCUUUGAGAGAAUAUCAUGAAAUUCAGAGUUUGUGGGUGAAAAUUGACUUGAGCUUCCUCAGCCGGGUGCCGGGGCAGCCUGUUGGGGAAAGAUCUAGGACGGGGCCCGCAGAACGGGACAGCAAUGCGGGGAGAGACAAAGAGAGGCAGAAGCUGGUGAAGGGGGAGAGACAAGAAGAAGAAAACGAUCGCUUGGUGAAGGACAAAGAAAGGCAAGGUGACAGAGAUAGAUUAACAGACAGGGAGAGGCAGACGGACAGAGACGACAGCGACAGGUUUGGAUUUGGGGAAAGGGAGAGGACUGCGGCAAGGGACAGAGAGAAGAUUAGCCAAGGUAUGGGAGUAUUGGACACCCCCCCUGGGCAGGAGCAGAGUAAUCCCAGGCUGGCUGUGAGGACGGAGAGAGCGGAGAGUGGAGGUAAACACAGAAGGCAGGCGGCUGCAAACAUGGUGGCUCCAACAGAAAAACACAUCAGCAAGAGCAAGAGGAAACACAAGUUGGACCACUCAGAGUUAUCAGUCAAGUGCAAUAAGAAGCUGCGCCUGGACAAAGACUGCCUGCUCCUCCCACCAUGCAUCUCUCCGAUUCACAACCACAAGAGCAGCUCGGCUGACGGCUCUCUGAGCAGGAAGCAGACCCGACGGCGCGACGAGAAGCUGCUGCCCCCCCUGCUGUCGCCGCUCUCCGACGAGCCCCCUCGCAAACGAGCCUGCGAAAGCGGGCCCUCUCUCGCCGAGGAGGCCGGCGCGGUGGGGAUGCUGCCCUGCUCCACGUCCUCCACUUCCUCCUCGUCCUCCUCCUCACACCGACACCGGAGAGGUGAAGGGAAGGCGGCGGCGCACGCAAGAAACGGCAGCAACUUGGAUUCCCACGGUGAUAAACCCGGCGGAGACGGUUACCAUGCCAACGGCCACUCAGACUCCGAGGUGUGGCCCGAAGCCCUGAUGGACCCGGCUGAACCGCGAAGGCCAAGGCUGUCAUUCACUGACAUAGUCCACAGUGCAGAGUACUACAUGCAGGAAGCAAAGAGGCUGAAGCACAAGGCCGACGCUUUGACGGACAAAUUCGGGAAAGCUGUGAACUACGCAGACGGCGCCCUCUCCUUCAUAGAGUGUGGGAACGCCAUGGAGCGAGAUCCGCUGGAGGCCAAAUCGCCGUAUACCAUGUACUCGGAGACUGUGGAGCUAAUCAGGUACGCCAUGAGGUUGAAGAACUUCACCAGCCACUCAGCCACCGUCUUGGAGAAGAGGCUAGCUGUCCUGUGUAACCGCUGUCUGUCUCUGCUGUAUCUGAGGAUGUUCCAUCUGAAGAAAGACCACGCCGUCAAGUACUCGCGCUCGCUCAUGGAGUACUUCAAGAAUUCAGCAAAGACUUCCCAUCAAGCCCCCUCUCCUUGGAGGACCAACGGAAAGGUCAACGGGACUCCGUCGCCCCUCUCUCUCAGCCCCUCACCAGCCAGCGGCGGAGGGGCGCCAGGAGGAGGAGGAGGGGGCGCAUCAGGGUCAUCUGGUAGCGUGGCGAUUCCCCAGCGGAUCCACCACAUGGCCGCCAGUCAUGUUAACAUCACCAACAACAUCCUGAGGAGCUAUGAGCACUGGGAGACGGCCGACAGACUGGCAGGCGACAGCAGAGACUUCUUCCAGGACCUGGACUCGGCGAUGGAGCCGUUAAGUCAGCAGAGCAGCAUGACCGGGCUGGUGCGCUACAUCAGGCAGGGACUGCACUGGCUCCGCACAGAGGCUCAGCUGUUGUAAAGACUGAAGCAAAGCCCAAAUAAAACGAAAUGUGAAAAAGCAAAUAAAAGAAACGGGCCUGGGAGCUAGAGCUGGGAUAACAGCUGAGGAGAGACUCAGAAGGAAGCUUCACUUCCCACCGCGAUCCCUCAAACGACCCAGCUCCGCACGCGCCAACGCGGCGGUGCAGGCUGAGUCUCUUAAUUGGGCUGAAAUUCACCCGGCAGUCAGGGCUUAACGGGAACCGGGGCUGGGGACGCAGAUUAGCGAGGCAGACGUUUGGCGGACGCUGCUUUUUCGAGCGGCUGCAGCAGAGAGCCGGCGCAGGUAGCUUAAACUCCUGAGGAGACUCAGCACACCCCCAAAAAAAACCCUCCCUUUGAACAGAGCGAUGGACAAAAAAAGAAGAGCGGAAGGUAAAAAGUGAUUUUUAGUAAGACGGGAUCAUUUUCUAGCAGAUAAGUGAGCGGCUGAUGUGAUUAAGGCAGCUAAAUGUGGCCAAAGAGCUCAACAUAGGCUCAUCAAGCCCAGCAGAGGAGCAGAAACGUGUCAGUGAUUGGGUCUGGGUUUAAAGCCUCAGGCUGAUAUUGAUCCAGCUGGAAAAGUAGCAGUCCAAUCCAUCAGAUAAGGACCACACUGGUGAGGGAAAAGGCCAGGCUGUGAUCCCUGAGGCAGAAUCAAAGCAGGCUGAACUCAGUCCUCUACUUCACUUUUAGUCCUCAGAAAGAGAGAUCCUCCGAAACAAGACGACAAGCUGAAGGCCCAACCUGCCACCGUUGUGUCCCGACUGGAGGCAAAUGUUCUGUUCUGCCUGCAGCACGACUGCUGACAGAUUGUUUUCACUCCAAAAAAAAUCCCCCCCCCCCCCCCAAUAAUUAGAGCGAAAGUAAACGUAUUCCAAAAUAAGUAUUUAGCACUUAAGGCAUAAAUCCGACUGCGUACAAUAAAUCUGUAAUAGCAUGAGAGAAGGACAAGGAAGUAAAUGACACUGUUUCCUAAAUUGGGCUCAAAGCUCCACAUUUUACAGUAAAAAUCAAUCAAAUUGACUUUAGUUUUGACAAAGACGAUGUAAUUUGUUUUGCCAUUUUGUUGUAAGUGAUUCAGUCAAGAUAAAAUGUUUGCUCUCAAAACCAAAUCUCCUCUGAUGACAUCACAUCAGGCAUAAGGAACGUUAAGGGUUGUUUUUUGUGUUUUUCUUUCUUAUUCUAACAUCUUUUUUUUUUUAUCUCUAAAGAAUUACUAAUCUGAACUCCUUUCGAGAUCUUUGCCAGUUUUCUGCAUGGCGAAAACAAACAGUCCGAGCUGUAUGUAGAUCACAGCGAGAACUUCGGGAAAGUCUGGGGAAAAAUAAAAGGCGUUAAAGCAGACCAUGGAAGGGACCAGAGCGGACAGGUUUAAUGAUGAUAGAUCUUAAAAGAUCAUUUUGAGCCACGUUGAUGCGCUCCAUUAAGAUGAUUUCUCAAGUCCCAUCCGUGUUUCCUGGGAAACUGCUGCGUCAGCAACUUUCGCCUUGCAGGCAGAUAUCAAUGUUCAGAGUUAGCUUCACCCAGAAGCAUGUUAAAAGACGUCUUAUCACGUCGGAAACAGCACAGUUGUUUGGGUAAACUACGGUGAUCUUAGUUCAUACUGCAGGAAGUGCUGCUGUCCAGUCGCCAUUUCAAACCUAAUCCGCCUGCAAAACAUCAUUCACUGAUUUUGUGAGUGGCGAAUAUACACGGAAAUCAAUCAGAUAGAAAAAAUCUAACAGAAAUAUAAACACGUUCCUACCUGUUGAAUUUCUUAUGAUCAUAAUUUUUCCUCUUCACCGUUAGCUUCGGCCUCCCCAUCCUCAGCAGCAGCCAUCCUGGUCUGGAAUCAGCCAAACUUGUUGGGAGUCAGACAUCUUUUACCGCCUUACAUCUGACGUCCACAUCUCACAAAAGUAGCUGCCCUGCAGUAGAGUUUACCAAUGCAAGGUGAUCAGCUGGUUUAUUGGACGAACAAGAAGCUAAAUUAGCCCUUUUUUUUCUUUUCCUUCUUUUAUGAACUUCUUUAAAAUAUUGCAAUAUUGCGUCAAAUCCUGCAGUGGAUAUUCCCACUUCAGUACACAUUUAUAGUUUUGUUAUAGUUCAGUGCACGUCACUGCUGCUGGAAAGCACGCUCACAUUAUUGAUCAAAUACUACGGGAUUAGCGCAGUGAUUUCUUUUCAUGACCAAAGUGGACACCGAUGGGCUUUUUGCCCGUUGGUCACUAAGUACCAACAGUGCCAUUUAUUUCCAGGGGCCUCCCAAACAAAACGCUGAUGCCUUCCUCUUCCUCUGUCAUCACGAUGUAAAGCCUGAUUCAACGGCAGAGACGUUCGAUGUUUUUGCCUCGAUCCCUAAAAUUUAGCAGUCAACCAGAUCGAGGAUGUGAGCAGACAUGUUGGGGCCCUCAGUUCAUCUUUUCCAGUCAAGCAGGCUGCUUCCAGGUGAACAGAAAGUUAGGGAGUGAACAGCAACAAAAACCAGCUCUCUGUUUACCCGCCCCUCCAAACGAGGGCUUGCUUCCAUCAAACUCAGCAUCUCCUUUGCUGGUUACGGGCUUUUUUUUUUUUUUUUUUUGGGUGAAAUUUCAUGCCCAGUUCUAGUUCCCAUAGUAACCCACCCACUAAGGUGUCAAACACUCACAAAAAGGGGGGAGGGGGGGGGGGGGGACUACAAGACUCAGUGUGAUUUGGCUCCAAUUAAGCCCCCACCCACGUGCGGAGCGAGCGAACGAGGAAGAUCUCACGUCUGCUCCUCUGGCCCCCGACGUCGGAGCGAGUCGGCGACUUUGCGCGGCACUCAACGAGAUCAGAUCAUCUGCUGGAUCAUCUUCUAGUCGUCUCCCAACAUUCGUCGUGUUGUGUCGUCGGUGUGUAUACGUGUACAGCUGAUUGUCGAGUCUAUCUAAAAUCGUUGCUGAACAAUAAUGAUGUUUGUGUAAUAUACUGUACAGAUUGUGACACCUGGAAGCAGUGUAUUUGGGGGGGGGGGGGUCAUUAUUUUUUUGUGUCUUUUGAAUGAGUGAAUGUGAAAGAAUGAAUACUGAGUGUGACUCAUUCAUGUGUGUGUGUGUGUGUGUGUGCGUGUGUGUCCAUGCACAGGCUAUGGCUGCAUUUACACAGCCCCAAAACUGAAAUGAUUUUUAACUCUUUGUGGUACUUUCAAAAGAAGAGUCCCCACUGUUUCCGUGUGAUUUUCCUCCGUUGCUUACCGUGCUACAAAAGCUUAGAAUCCACUCGUAAGGCUUUCCGUGAACCCAGCACAUCCAGCAUGAGUUUCAUCAGUUUGGGAACAUUUCACCAUGCCUGAAUGUGCGUGAAAGGACGACGUGGAUGUGGGAAGUAGUUUUUACUUUGACGUGAAAAAAAAAAAGAAAGAAAGAAACUCAAGUGCCUCUAUUUGUGUCCAGUUGGAAUUGAUCUAUUUAUUUAAAAACAAAGAAUGAAUCUAAAUAAUUUUCCAUACCAUAUUGGUAUAAAUAUGAGAUUUCCUUUUUUUUUUUUUCCUUCGUGAAAUCAGAUGUCUCCAUAAGCUUUUUUACUGGCGUUAUGAUGACGCCAGGUUUUGGCUUUAAGAUGGGGGGGAGAGAAAAGAAAAAAAAAGGCGUGUGUUUAAACGUGUUGAAUUAGCAUCCGUUGCUGUAUUUUGUUCUGUUGAUGAUUUGACGGAGUUUCGGUUUUGUCUGAAAUGCCUGAAACUUUUAAAAAUCAUUGCAUGCAAUAAACGGUAGCCUCAGACCAACAAUUGCUUGUGUCCAUUUGGAGAAAGACGAAAAGAAAAAAAAGAAAAAGAAAAAAAAAAGAAAAACAGUCUAUUUUGUGUUGCGUAGGUUGCUGAACGUGUGAAUUGUUCGCGUCGCCUGAAUCUAGCUGCUUUGAAUUCGCGCAACUAAUGGUGGCUGUCUGGACAUUCAAGAACAACUCGAAACACUUGAAGAGGCGUAGAAACCGUAUUUAUGCCUUUCUCGCUGAUAAAAGGACUGACGCAGCCCAACAGGUGUACAUUCAGUAGAAAGCUGGAAUAAUUUGCUUGCUAGUUUCAUUAAGACCAAAACAGCAGACAGUGAUUAGCAACCCCCUCCCCCACUGAACAGACCAGACCUCUUUUUUGUUUUCUUUAAGCAGCGUGUUUCUUUAAAAAAAAAAAAAAAGGAAGUUUAUAUGAAAAUCUGAAAGAGUUUGUCAAAGAUCAGUUUGGAUAAUAAAUCCUUUUUCCCGCUCAAAAUCCACUUAUGAGCUAAGACUGAGAUCAGGAGUGCUACCGUUAGCCAACAAUCUGUAAAAGACAACAAAUAAAACAAAGUUUAGGGGUCACCUGUAACGUCAGUAAAUGAUCCAAACGGACACUGUCCAGUUAAAUGUUUUUUUUUUUGGUUAAGUCGGGUUGAAAAAUGCAUCUCAUGUUAUUUUUGUUCAGUCCAAGUUAUUUAGCUGGGGUAGAAAAAGUUCCUAAAUUUUGCACUGGGUGCCCGAAGAGAAGACUGCUCCUCGUUAAAUGUUCGUGACGUAGCGCACAUGAUAAUAGUUGAACUAAAGCAGCAAAUUCGUGUUUAUGUAAUGCGAUGGGAAUAUCUGUGUGUGCUCCCUAAAAACGUUUUGGAGACAGCCUCGCUCAGCUUGCCCCGUUAUAUACUGUUGGCAUCUCAUUACAGAUCUCAUUAGUUCCUGUUGCAUUAUCACAGUUGUCAACAUAUUUAUGAAAGGCAGUAGAAACAAGAAAACAUUAUUUUUGCAAUAAUUACAAUGGAAGGUUUAAUGCUUGUUGAUAGCAGAUGGUGUCAAGGCGCUAAUAUUUUGAUGAUCUCUCCAGCUGUGACUACUUUCUCUGAUAGUAGUUUCCAUUUCAUUAGAUCACAGGCAAAGCAUAAGGAAGACUCCCCAACAUAGCCUUAGAGAGAGAAUGAGCUGUAUUACGCUUUCCACUCAGGACACUGGGGUUCAUGUCCAGUGCUGAGUUGGCUUCAGGUGUUACGUUUUCCAUCAGUGUUCUGUUCGGUUCCCUCACAUCCUGGUUGGAUUUAAGGAAACGUUAUUAUUAAAUGUUAUUGACCCCUUUGAGCGGCCGCCUCAGUAACUUAAUAAAACAAACAAAUUAUAAAAUAACGUGACGGUCAAAAACAAAGAUAUAUAUAUUGAGUCCAGAGAGCCAAAGCACGACAUGGACCCGUCAAGUCCUUCUACAGUAAAAAGAAAUUCCUACUGUGACAUUUUAGUGAACAGGAAGUGGACCGGUGUGGCCACAAGUGGAGAUUUUCACAAGGGGGUUAGCGGGGUGGACAAACCCCAGUUUAAAGAGAUUUUCUAUUCUCUACUCACUAUAAGUCCACUUUAGGGAAAUAUAGUUAUAGGACAGGAGAUCCAACAGAAGGACACAAUUGGUCAUAUUUUUUUGUCACCUGGCUCAAACAAGGAUCAGAGCAAACAUAAUUGUCACUUUGAUGAGCAUCCAUCUCCAUAAUUCAACAAAUCCUUAGAGCACAAUGAAAAGUCAACCGAUACGUGAUGGUAGCUGUUGUGAGGUGUGUACGAAAAGGUCUGUUUAUAGGCAGCAAAAGAAUCUGGAAAGGCGAGAAACGAUGAUGCAUAUAUCUGUGAACUGGGAGGGUUGGAAUGACCUGGAAGCCUUUGAAACAACAGCUUAACACACUGACUCCACACCUGCUACAUCACAGGUUGACUGAGAAAAUAAAAAAAUGCAGCGGUCAACACAAUAUUUCUGUAGGACUGUAGCAGAGACACAAGUUGACUUCAGUUCUUUGUUCAUUUGUAUCCCGAUUUAGGAACUGCUCGCUGGCAUUUUGGCCCUUUCUACUUCCCUUUUGUAUCUGGAAACAAACAAUUUUGUACCCAUAUAGUUAAAAUUGCAUAUAAGUUGAUUUCAAUUUAUAGUUGAAUACUUUAUGAUUUAUAGGGUUAAAUAAUUAAAGAAUUGCUUAUAUGUCAUAUUAUUUGUAGUUUGAUCCCUUGUUGGGUCAUUUGACAGAUCAAACCAAAUAUCUUACUAAAUAUACAAAAAAUAUAUAGUAUUGAACCACAUUUCCUUACAAAAGAAUAUGAGUAGAUUAUAGAAAAUUGCAUAAAAUCAUGUGUUGGCAACAAAGGAACAGAACUAAAUUUCCCAUCUUGUUCCCCAUCAGUCCAGAUUUGGCUAUUCGGGACAGCUUUUAAGUAAAUAACCUGCCGCUUAUGUUCCAGGGUAAUUGCUUUAUGUAGCAUUUUUGUGUUUCUUAUGAAACUUACCAAUGAAAGUAUGCUGAAAAUGAUUCUGGCCCUCAUCAAAUCAACCCAUUUUUUUAUUUUAAAUUUCAUUUGUUGCAGUGAAACUAAACUGUGGAAAAUGUAAUAUUUAUUGUGCCGAUAUAGAUAAAAGCUGCUAAAGUUUCUUCCAGUCCAUUUGCCAUUUACUGUAGAAUAUACAGCAGACUUGAUGGCCAAACUUGCGCGCCAACAAACUAGUGAUUGCGACCCAAACUCGUGCCAUCUAACGUGAACGGAGUUCAUUUCUGACUCCACUUGAAUAAUCCAGACCAGCCACCAGGGGUUUUGCAGCAGCAGCAUGGUGACUCUGAUCCAGCCAUACAGAUCUGAGCGGAUCUUAUCUUAAAAACCACUGGCUAAACUAAACAAAGAGCUGUGCAGAACACCACGGAGAGCACAUCUGUCCGACAUGGUUUGUGUUGUAGCUUCAAAUGUGUUGCACAGCCUCCACUGUUUUUCUUUUUCUACCAGUGCUAUCUUUUGGGCCUUUUUUUCUAUGGUUCUUUUUUAUAAUGAAGUUGUUCUAUGUGAUGAUGAUGAUCAAAAAGUUGUGAUGCAGUUCCAUUGUUUUUAAAUAUUUAAUGUCUCUGAAAUAUGGAUUAAAACCUGUUUGAACCAGUGA